AAAUCGGCUAUUGUGUACGAUCUGUCUAUGUGUUGUUAUUUUAUGUAUUUUUUUAUAAAAAAACGACCAGAAUAUCAUUUAUUUGAUCAAAUCCAAGAGGACAUAUUCCAUUCAACUGAUUAGUCGUUAUUGAAAGUUGUACAUCACAAAAAUAAAGGGUAAAACUCAAUAAAAUCAAUCGUUUUCAGGAGAGAACGCUAUAGACCUUAGACCAAGGUCAAUAACCUCACAUUUGGAAACCAUGAUUGGAAAUUGGCAACGCACUCUGGCCAACUAUUGGACGAACACUCAGCAAGACACGGAGGCAACGCUGCAAUUUUUGAAAGGUGAUUUUCGAUGCAGUGGACUCUCCUUUGACGACAAUUUCAAGGAAUACUUUUUGCGAGAGACCAAUGAUCGUGUCGCCCAAGCGUAUGAACGGUGUCUCAGGAAUGCCAAAUUCGAAGAGCAAUUCAUUGCAGUUCGUGCUCGAAAUCACGGAUCGGCGGACAAAAAGACGAACACUGAUGCAAGCGGUGGGACAGCAAGCAAUGUAUCGAAUAACUGCCAUCAGACAGUCACUGAUCCAAUCACAUCAACAAUAAACCAGGAGGUGAAUGUAGUCACCAAUUGGCCACACACAUUACCAUCGUCUACACCAUUUUAUGGUGAGCUAAGAAAUGACACGUUUCAACCGUUCACAUCGUUUUUGGACAACAACAUUGAUCCGAACAAUGUCACUGAAUCGAUCGAAGCAAUGAUUGGCAACGAAAUUGCUAUUGAAAUUGAAACAUCGAGUGAAGGAACGACAAUGGGUAACCAAGGGCCGAGCACUUCUAGACGGCCAACCACUGACAUGAUUAUACCGACGGUAGCGCCAGAAGCAAAUGGAGUCGACCAAGGAAGCGAUAUGAAUGAACCUCAAUCAAUGGCAAAUACAACCACAUUCCAUGAAAUAUCUGUAAUACAAAUCCCAGGCGAUGAAACAAUUCAACGAUUUGCAUCGAUUGUGAGCAAAAACAUUGGUGAGAACAAUGUCAGAGCAUCGCUUGGAGCAACACUCGGCAACGAAUCAAUGUCCGCAAAAUUUGACGAGCCCCAAGCCACUCUUACGAAUGGAAAUGGCAUGAGUGAAGAUGACAUGCGAAAUAGCAUAGCGGUCAAUGGAAUGUCGAAGGGAGUGAUGACAAACGAUCAACCAGAUCCAGCCAUCAGUGAAUAUGACGAAAUUAUUGUAACGAAUGCCUCAGAAUUGGAGACGAUACACGCCGAUCGACCAAAUAAUCUACCGGUUGUUGAUUUGACAAUUGAAAAUGUUAAAGCACAAAAGGUAAACAAUCAGAAGGGGAAAAAUCAAGUGAAGACGAAUCAACGAAAGAGAAAAAUUGCUGAGACAUCGACAUUGAAUGGGAAUUCAAAGAAAAAACGGAAGAUUGAACCGCGUUUGACACAGAAAACCAUUCCGGAGUCGACUUCAGAAUCGCCGUUCAUUGAUGUGACGUCAAAAGGAAGAAAGAGUUCGAAACAAUCAAAGGGAGUACAUGUUCCGCCAAAUCAACGGAAUGAAACCAAAUCAACCGACGCUGAACAUCAGAAAGGAUCGACAUCAAACGGAAAAUCCAACACAAAAUGUGAAUUUUGUAAUUAUGUGGCCUAUCCGUCACAGUUGAUAGUACAUAGACGCAUUCACACUGGCGAGAAACCAUUUAUAUGCAAAAUUUGUGCGAAAGGAUUUACUAGUACAUAUGUUCUGAAAACGCACAUGCGAACUCACGCAAAUCAAUUUCCAUUCCAUUGCUCGAUUUGUCGACAAGGAUUCGCGGUGAAAUGGGAAAAGGAGACGCACGAGAAAAAUUGUAAUCAACGGCGAUUUGAAUGUUAUUUGUGCAAAUAUGCUACAUUAUACAAAACACACUUAGUCAGACAUUUGCACAUUCAUACCGGUGAAUUGCCCUUUAAAUGCAAAAUUUGUGCAAAAGGAUUUCCUCAGAAGGGUGAUCACACAAAGCACAUGAGAACUCACGCAAAUCAAUUUCCGUUCCAUUGCUCGAUUUGUCAACAAGGAUUCGCAGUGAAAUGGGCGAAGGAGACGCACGAGAAAAAUUGUAAUCAACGGCGAUUUGAAUGUUAUUUGUGCAAAUAUGCCACAUUGAACAAAGGACACUUAGUCACACAUAUGCGCCUUCAUACCGGAGACAAACCAUUCCGUUGCUCUCAUUGCUCAAAACGAUUCAGUGAUAAAUCUUAUUUUAAUAGACACCAAAAAAAUCAUCAAAUAAAAUCAAAUGAUUUAUGUUACAAACCGAACAGUUUUUUACUGUUGUUAAAUGUCUAGAGACAAUUUAAAUGUAAGGCUUCUGAUUACAUCACAUGCCAUGUAAACUUUUUCUCUUUAUUCGAAUCUAAAAGUCAUUAUUUGUAUGAAGCACAGAAAAUAAGAUCGGAAAUGUUACAAUUGAUUGUAUUUUAAUUGAAAUUAAAUAUACUUGUACCGAAUAGAGAAAUAAAAAAUUCAAAGAAAAUAAUUAUGUAAA